UGCUACAAUGACGGUACUGACAUUGACCUUCAUUGGCAAGCAGCAUGGUUGACGUGAAGCUGGACGGUGCACUGGUCGGAAUAGAAGAGUUUGUGGACAACCGCGAGGAGCGUCUGGUUCUUCACGGUUGCAUCAAGACGACACCUGAGGACUUCGUGGUGCGCGAGACCAGUGCGACCGGUGAAGUGAUUGACUUCAGCGAUGAAAGUGAGCGUCUACCAACGGAGGCCGAGCGCGAUGCAGUUCUGAAGAGACUUGAGGCACAACAGAAGGAGAAGAAGGAGAGGUUAGUGUUUGACGAACCUACAGAUGGUUGGCGGGCUGCAUUGGUGGAGCUGAUUGGAGCGAAAGACUCAGGAGACGUCGAGCGUGUAGCUAAAGGACAGAUCAGCGAGUGUUAUCUACCAGCGCCAAUGGAAUUCCGAGAUCGCGUAUAUCUUCAAGUUUGCAUCCAGACUUGUUUUCCAGGACUAGAUUGUAAGAUGCACAAGAUAUCGGUGGCGGGUGACCAGCAGGAAGUGCAGCAGAUUCAAGUAGUACUGGAUCCAGUGUACAAGAAAUUCCGAGAUGGAGGGAUGACUCUGGAGAACUGCGAGCGUCUACUUGCAUUCCUCCGAAAGGGAGCGAACGACCCAACAGCAUCAAAAGGCAUGCAGCUCUUAAGGUUCUGGCCCUAUUGCUUGACUCUAAUUUCGAACGUGUUGAGUGCAGGACUUGAGCUCGAGCAUGAGGACACGAGGGAAGCUCGGACGGCAUUGCAUCGCUUGAUCGCCAAGAAUUCGUCGUCUUUCAAGACGAAAACGGAAUCCCGAAAUGGUAUACAGCAAUUGGUUGUAUAUUUCAUGCCAAAGACCAACAAGAAGCGUAAACGCUCACAGCCGCCAGUGUACCUUCGAUUCGUGCUCCAAAAGACGAACGAAGAGCACUUUGCAUGCUUUGACAAAUUAUCUCGCCAGCUUCGUCGUCCGCUGUCGGCUUUUUCAUACGCUGGGACGAAAGACAAAACGGCCAUCACCUUUCAGCAUGUUGUGGUGACUGGAGUGGAUCCUGAUCGACUUCUGAGUGUGAACAGUGAUCCGGCAACAUGUAUUCGUGUGGGAGAUCUCAAAUAUGUUGAGAGCCCCAUGCAUUUGGGAGGAGCGAAUGGAAACAGGUUCUCAAUUGUACUCCGAGGUCUUACUUCUGAGACGGAAUGCACGACCGAGAUGAUGCGGUCGUCACUUGAAACUACACUGGAUAACAUCAAGCGUCAGGGAUUCGCCAAUUACUUUGGUUUCCAGCGCGUUGGAUUGCCUACAAACACGGUGAGAGCCCACCAUAUCGGAGAGACGAUUAUCGCUGGCAAAUGGGAAGAAGUGCUGAGGCUUCUCUUGACAGUCCAGGGCGGAGAUUCCGGCGAUGUUGCUAAAGCAAAGCAGCUUUAUCUCGAGUCUGGCGACGUUGACGCUGCUCUGAAACUUAUGCCUCACGGUGUGUCUGUCGAACGGCAACUACUACAAGGACUAAAACGCUUCGGAAGCGAUGCUUUUGAGCAGGCGGUACAGAGCAUCACAUUUUCUCGUCGCGUGAUGUACAUGCACGCCUACCAAAGUUACCUCUUCAAUCGGAUGGCAUCGUACCGAUUGCGUCAGUAUGGCACCAAAGUUGUGGAAGGAGAUCUGAUCCAAUAUGACAGUCAGAACGAUAAAGCAGUGAAAGCUAUUACUGCUACAGAAGCGGACGAGUUGAAUUGUACUCGUGAAGACGCGCUAUCGCUUGUGCUAUUACCACUACCUGGAACAAAUGUGAUGUUCCCAUCCAACGCGACUAAGGAAGCAUACAUCAAGGUUUGUAGAUACUGUACUAACAAGCUUGUGUAAUGAGGUGAAUUCACCACAUUCCGACUGAUACUGUGCUUUAGAUCAUGGAACAAGAUGGCACGAAGGAUGCCCUAUGUGAGUCAGGACCCUUGAAAGGUGCUUACAGAUCGCUGGUUGCAUAUCCACGUGAUCUAGCGUGGUCAUGGGAAGAACAGGACAAUUCACUAUCGCUUCAACUUUCGUUCUCACUUGACAGCGGAUCCUUUGCUACGAUGUGCCUGCGUGAGGUGCUUCACUCUGACAUUUAGCAACAACAACAACCAACGCGAAUACACAAACGACUUUGCACUCAAA